CCGUAUGCUUUAUUGUUCGAUAGCGGAAGUGUAUUCAUGCCUGGUGCAACAUUCAAAUACUUCCUCUCAUGUGAAACAGUCAUGUGAUUCCUAUGGCGAUUUGAAGUACCACGAAAUUGUCCACAAGGUUUUUUCAAACAGAAAAGGUUUUUCCCCUUCAGUUUCAGCAUUUGCAGAUAUGGCCGAUGAACUGAAGCGGUAUCUCUAUAAACAGCUACCAAGUGUCGAAGGCCUGCAUGCAAUUGUUGUGACAGACAGAGAUGGAGUUCCUGUAAUUAAAGUUGCCAACGACAACGCACCGGAAUAUGCCCUUCGUCCAGGGUUCCUCUCAACCUUUGCUCUGGCCACAGAUCAGGGCAGCAAACUGGGCCUGUCCAAGAACAAGAGUAUCAUCUGCUACUACAACACGUAUCAGAUAGUGCAGUUUAACCGCUUGCCGUUGGUGAUCAGCUUCAUUGCAAGCAGUAGUGCUAACACAGGUUUGAUUAUCAGUCUGGAGAAGGAGUUGGUGCCAUUGAUCGAGGAGCUGAGGCAGGUGGUGGAGGUGUCAUAGGAGGAAACUGCCAGGAAUUCUGGGAAAGCUACACCCCUGGAAUUCUGGGAUUGCACCAGAGUUUCUGGGUCUACCUGCAAUCAGCUCCUCAGCAGUUACUUCCCUCAACCCCACACACACACACGCGCACACAUGUAUGCAGGCACGUUCUCAAGCAUUACUUUUGCAGAAGGAUGGGAUACAUAUCUAGUGGUGGCUCGUUUUUUUCCUGUUCUCCUUUCACUUUUUACAAAGGAACAAGUGCAGUUGAUAUCUAAGCUGCUUUAUUUAAACCUGUCACUUCUCUCUGUCGUGCCCAUUCCAACAAUCUUUUUAAAUCCCUGGCGGGACACGCACACUCACGGUUUAAGUAAUCUACUACCAUAGAUUUUCUAUACGCUGAGCUGAUAUCCAAUGCCGUAUGUUUAAUGUUGAAAGAUCUGUCAUGGCCAUUGCUGAAUCCGAUUCGUUGGCUCAUUGUGAAUAUUAAUGAAGGGGCAUGGCCAAUGCAGCACACUACCACAGCAAUGCAAAUGGCACCAGAGCUCAAAGUUGUGGAAGUACAGGGUGGAAUCGCAUUGUAUGUCUGGCCAGUAAGAAUAGAAUAUCUGUGCAACGAUCUUGCUUUUGUAUUAAACAGCCAUGAUAUAUUGCUUAAUAAGAGAUUAUAGGAUAUUUAUGUGUCUAUUGUAUUGUCCUGAGAUCAAAAUAAAGAAAAAAGGAACUAAA